AAACACCCAAAGGCGAAAGUUCUUAACUAUCUGAAAUCAUAGGAUAUGUGAAUUGAUACAAUAUCACAUUACUCUAUAAAUCAUCGCGUAAUUCAACCAGCAAUAUAUAUUCAUUGAACCAAAUUCUUCAUUUUGAACAUGACGAGUUUUUCAUCCUGUGGAUUGACAGAAGAAGAAAUAGAAAAGUUGAGAAUAUCUCAUAAGGAAAUAUCUAAGGAUCCGAAGGCCAUGCAAAAAUUAUUCUACGAGUAUUUCAAGCAGUAUCCUCACAACCAGAAAUUUUUUCCAUUCAGAGAUGUUCCGUUAGAGGGUUUGUUCGAUGAUACAGAAUUCAAGAGACAAUGUGCCCUCGCUUCGGCCUAUAUGAAUGCUUGUAUAGAAAAUCUUGAGGACUAUGAUGUCGUAGAAAAAAUCUUGCUCAAUUUAGGAAAGAAUCACAGAAAGUAUCGCAUACCAUCUGAAUCAUUCUGGGAAUCACGAGACGUCAUUGUUGAAGGUAUUUCUGAGUUGGUUGACGAGGAAACCCAUAAAAUCCACGAAAAAUAUUGGGAUUUCAUUUUCGGUACCGUACUGAGGGGAAUGGGGAACUGAAUUGAGCGUAAAAUGAAAUUUUUCUUAUUAGAAUGUAUUUGAAUUAAUUAUGUUUUCGAUAAGAAUUGUAUUAUACUGAUUUCAGACAUAA